CGUCAAUUGAUUGCCCAUAAAUCGAAUGCAUACACCAACACGUUUGCGCACGACUCUACGACGUUUUAGCGCGCUCGCCUUGAGCAGCAACUGGAUCUACUGUUUCGCUCGACAGCGAAACCUCUGUACGUUGGAUCACGGGCGUACGGCGCAUCCUACCGAACAUAAUUCUGCGCGGCCUGUUCGCAGGCGCAAACGCUGCUUUGAUCGCUUUAAAUGUGCUCAGCAGACGCAGCCUUGUUCGCGGUUGCGGCUUGAGCGAACUAGCUGUCAGGCAACGACUCCGCGAUGCGCACGAGCCAGUCAUCAUAUUCAGCCUCAGAUACCCGACAAGAUCUGUUUACUACCUGAAAGCAAGCGACUGACCAAGUUGACAUGAGCGAGAUUGCGUCGCAACGAAGAAUCACCGGCAACGUAUCCUUGUAUCGAUUACUGGCGGCCCGUGAGCCGCGAGUAUUCCUCCGUCGAAACCUCAACACAGUUCUUGACGCGCACAACGCGUCCCUUGAAGCAGCGAAGGCUGGUCAUGCGACAGCGCCUUAUGAGGCAAUGAUUGCGAACGAAAGACGGCGGGCAGGAUGGGAUUUCCCAACCCGGCUGAUGCUUAACGACCUGCUGAAAGGACAGCGGCCAGUAUUGCAGAUCGAUGCACUGCGCCUGAAGUCACUGAACAUCGCAAAAGGGCCGCGAGCGUCUGUCAAGACAGCGCUGCGCGUAGGCAGCGAUUUAGAGCCCGAGUGGCUGCCGCAUGCGCAGACGGGCUUGCGUUACCUGUGCCAAGUGUUCGUGACUGUGCGUGACAUACGCGCUCCGCGAUCAGAGCAGCUCAGACAUUCACAGAGUGGCGUCAUUCGCGAGGAUUCUGCGGUCUUCAACGACCCCUGCAAUUUCGUGGUUGAGCUUACAGAGCCAAUACUCAUCGAGCUGGAUUCUCUGUUUGUCGCAGAAGAGUCCGGAAGCAACGGGUUUCGGCACUGGAAGCGAACUGUCACGAAGAAGUACUCACUGGAAGUGAAGCUCACCUGCAAGAACUCAGCCGAUUCAGCCGCGUUCUUGAGUCGGCUAGAAUCGCGAUCGCAGUCCGAUUACAGUAACAAACCGCCUAACGAAGCGGUAAUACAAGCAGUCUGGGACGAACUUCCCAAGUGUCCGCCAUCUGGAUAUCUUCUGCCGCUUAAACGUGCGUCAGGCCACAGCAGCGUAUCGGUCGGUUACGGCAUGGAUCUGUCAAUGGGCUGGCUACGGCGGCAUAAGACACCUUUGGAGCGCUUCAAUCGGUUGCGUGGCACGCACAUGCAGCAGCAGCUUCUCACGCCAAGCUCCUCCGACUCUCCGGAAGCGGCAAACAAGCCGCAAUAUAUCGUGCGCUAUGUUCACGAAAAUGGUCUGGACGGCCGAGCGUUUACUGUCGACAGUCUUAGCUGCCUUUUCUGCGCUAGCGGCCGUCGGGAAGGCAGGACUGAGAUGUACAACUCACGCAGCGCGCUGUUGGAGCCGAGUCAGGCAAUAGAUCGGUUGAUGCUGCACUACUGGUCCUGUCACGAUGUGUUUGACUGUGACCGUGACGAGGAAUUGGUUACUGAGACGGGCAAAAUUAUGGUCACUGUGCGUUUUAAGCUCAAGGAGAAGCAGGUCAGUGCCGCCAUGACGGAGAACGCCGCCAGGGAAGAGUUCUCGUGGAUUGCACCCCAUCGAUCGUUCGAUAUCAAAGCGCAUCUUGCGGGUGAUCACAGCUGGACGGGUGACGGUGGCGGCAAGAGACGGCGCGGCCGUCCCAUGAAAUCAAAACAAUCGGAGGCUAACGAGUCACUUGCGCCACCGAUUGUUGUCAAGGAAGCGAAGACAGUCGGCGAGGUUUUAGAUAUUCCUCUAUCGCAGAAGGAGAAAUUCCGGGUGCCUGCGGUACCGCGCGUUACCUUCUACCACAGCAGCACAAAGGAGCCUAUUUUACCGGACGAAGAGCUCAGCGAAAGCGAAGACGAUCUCCUGGACGACCGCUUGAUUAGUAGUCAGCGACGAGAGUUUACAGAGGCUGGUCUUAACCGUGGUGCUCAGGACUUCAACGAAGCCUUUAACAAGCAUAUUGACUUCGAGCAAAGCUCAUCCAAGAAGCUAACGCGAGAUGCUCUUGUCAGAUUUGCUCGCAUGCAGAGGGGUAAGCAAAGGGAUGCGGAUUGGUUGCGGGCUUUCGAGCAGAAGCUCGAGCAUCUGCAUAUACAAGGUAUUGUGGCAGACGACGUUGCGGAGUACUGCAACGAUCUUAUGAAGCCGCGAACAGCUGGAUGCCAGCAUACUGCGAAGCCGGGGCCAGUUCAAUCAGAGUCCAAUGCCUUGCAGCAGGAGUUUAGCAACACCAAGGCAGCGGCCCUGCUUGAAAGCACUUUGAAAACCGGAAAAGAUACAGAGGCUUACCCGGAUUUGAUUGAUGUCGUUGGUCCGUCUCCGACACGCCUCAACGGUCGAUUUGUCAGCAGUCAGUCCGGUCACGGAGACAGCGUGCCGAAAGCUGAUGCAGAGGAGCCAACACCGCCAAAGAAGAAAAGGAAGCCGCAUCGAUGGUCAGGCGGCGGUGCUGAUCGAGAGAUAAUUGAGAAGGGCUACGAACAGUUGCCUAACGGUGUUGACCUUGUCAGGCCUGCGAAAGAGCGCUCGAAGGAUUCCGGAGCACCCAGUACAGAAAGUCCACGCACGAGUAUGCUGAAACAGAGAUUACCACAGGUCGUCAGGCCACCGUCAAGCGACGGUACGAAUGCCGUCUACAAACCCGGCGGCGUUAGGUCCCCUGCAUGUGAAGGACCUGGCAAAGCCAUGAGAAAGCAAACCUCUGAAGCUGGUUUGAAUAUCAACGGCUAUGGACCGCCUCACGUCGCGAAGACAAGCAAUCAUGAGUCUCGAACACGGCCGGCUUCGUUAUUCGUCCAGCGCGCGCCCGCUGAAGCAAGACACCCGAAAUGGUAUCCUAACAACAACGGCUCGUCCAGGAAAGAAAACUGCUCAGGGAGAUCUACAUGCAACUGUGGCGCGACUGCAACGCCUGGCAGAGGGACAAUUGCUUGUGAUAACGAGCGCUGUACGCCAGGUCUUUUCCAUCUGAAAUGUGUCGGUCUUGAAGCAAGAGUGCCCGAUUGGGUUUGUGACGCUUGCAAUGUAUAACACGACGGCGUUUGCCGUCCCUUACCCAUUUGGGCACGAGUAAGUCGGUGACGGAAAGUUGCAUAGCGUCUGGAGAUAUGACUGGGAGCAUAGCGCACGUCAAUCCCGUUUAGCGAGCGUUUUUCCAUUCCCUGUUAGCACAGCGACGGAGAGGGUAUUUUUCGUAAAUGAAUGGCCAGCCCGCUGAGUCAGCGAGACUCCCAUAAAACGCGUCUCUCAAACUACUUUACGCGUCCUUCACAGUUGUCAUCCGAAUACGCCCA